AGAAAAUGUGAAAGACAAAAAUAGCAGGAAGAAUAGCAAACUUCAUAAAAGGAGACAGUUGGCGAAUGAUGUUGUUGUAGAGGCUGAAGGCUGUAAAACUUGUCCGGUGCUUGAACCGUCAGACAAAUUGAUGGCUUCUGUUGAUGCCCGUUGUGGUGAUUCUGUUGAUCAAAGCCUCGAGGUUCAGGAAAAGGCCGAACUCGGUGAUCGCAAUCCUGCUGAUGCAGUGGGAAGAAGUGCCUAUGCUAGGGUGAAGGAGACUUUGAGGAUAUUUAAUACACAUUACCUUCACUUUGUCCAGGAAGAAGAGAAGAGGUGCAAGAAAGCUGAAGUAGAUGUAAAAAUUGUUGUUCGAGGUUCAAAAACUAAGAGUGUCCAAAAAGCGAAUGUGUCUGAAGAGGAUACCAAGCGUUCUUCCAAACGACCUGAUCUGAAGGCAAUAUCCAAGAUGAAGGAGACAGAUGCUAUUUUAUGCCAUGGAAAAAGAUUUGGUAACCUUCCAGGCAUUGAUGUUGGGUACCAAUUCUUUUCUAGAGCUGAAAUGGUUGCUAUAGGCCUCCAUAGCCAUUGGUUGUCUGGAAUUGAUUAUAUGGGACAAUCCUACAGCAAGUUGGAGGAAUAUAGAGGCUAUACAUUCCCACUUGCUGUAGCAAUUGUGUUGUCAGGACAAUAUGAAGAUGACCUUGAUAAUUCUGAGGACGUUGUAUAUACUGGUCAAGGUGGGAACAAUUUACUUGGUGAUAAGCGUCAGAUCCAGGAUCAAGUCAUGAAUCGUGGUAAUCUGGCACUUAAGAAUAAUUUGGAACAAUGUUUGCCUGUUCGAGUAAUUCGUGGACAUGAAUCUACAAGUAGUUACUGUGGAAAAGUUUACACGUAUGAUGGUUUAUACAAGGUAGUUAACUAUUGGGAUGAGAAGGGUGUUUCUGGAUUUACUGUUUUUAAAUAUCGCUUGAGGCGACUUGAAGGGCAGCCUAUGCUGACAACAAACCAGGUUUAUUUCACACGGGCUCAUGUACCUAAGUCUUUGUCAGAACAACAUGGGUUGGUAUCUUGUGACAUAAGUGGAAAGCUGGAAGAUAUUCCUAUCCCAGCUACCAAUUUGGUUGAUGAUCCACCAGUUGCGCCAGAGGGUUUUACAUAUACAAAGUCCAUACAAAUUGCGGAUACUGUGAAGCUUCCCAUAAGUGCCCCUGGUUGCAAUUGCAAAGGUACCUGUAUUGAUUCAAAGGCUUGUGCAUGUGCACAGCUUAAUGGGUCCGAUUUUCCUUAUGUUCGUCGAGAUGGUGGCAGAUUAAUUGAAGCCAAAGCUGUUGUGUUCGAGUGUGGGCCAAACUGUGGCUGUGGAUCUGGUUGUGUGAACAGAACAACUCAGCGGGAGCUUAAGUAUCGACUUGAGGUCUUCCGCACUCCAAAAAAAGGAUGGGCUGUUAGGUCUUGGGAUUCUAUUCCUUCGGGGGCACCAGUAUGUCAAUACACAGGAACACUUAAGAGAACCGAUGAUUUAGAUAACGUCUCUGAGAACAAUUUCAUUUUUGAGAUUGAUUGCUUGCAAACGAUGAAGGGGCUUGAUGGACGGGAGAGGCGAUUGGGAGAUGUAAAUAUUCCAACAUAUCACCUGGACAAAAUUGAUGACAAGAAAUCAGAAACUGUGCCUGAGUUUUGUAUAGAUGCAGGCUCUGUUGGUAAUAUUGCCAGAUUCAUCAAUCACAGUUGUGAGCCUAAUCUUUUUGUGCAGUGUGUUUUGAGCUCCCACCAUGAUAUCAAACUUGCUCGAGUGAUGCUAUUUGCUGCUGAUAACAUACCUCCUCUACAGGAGCUGACUUAUGAUUAUGGCUGCGCCAUUGACAGUGUCAUAGGUCCAGAUGGUAACAUAAAAAAGAUGCCAUGUUAUUGUGGUGCUGUGGACUGUCGAAAGCGGUUGUACUAGGUGAUUGAUUUUUAUUUCGGAGAAGAAAAUAUGUUUUUAGUUUCCUUCUCUU